UCAAAUGAGUCGCAGCAGCAGCAGCAACAGCGACAUAACGAAGUAUUCUCUCCUCAAACUACCGCAAAGAUGCCCCUUAAAGCUGUUUGUGUGCUCAAAGGAGCCGGGGACACCUCCGGCACUGUGUUCUUCGAGCAGGACAACGACUCGUCCCCGGUGAAGCUGACGGGUGAAAUCAAAGGCCUCACGCCCGGGGAGCAUGGCUUCCACGUGCACGCCUACGGAGACAACACUAACGGCUGCGUCAGUGCCGGCCCCCACUUCAACCCCCACGACAAGACUCACGCCGGCCCAAAAGAUACGGUGCGACACGUGGGGGACCUUGGCAACGUGACGGCAGGCCCGGACAACGUGGCCAAGAUCAACAUCGCAGAUAAUGUCAUCUCCCUCGCUGGCCAGUACUCCAUCAUCGGCAGAACCAUGGUGAUCCACGAGAAAGCUGACGACCUGGGCAAAGGAGGCAACGAGGAAAGCCUAAAGACCGGCAAUGCCGGCUCACGUCUGGCGUGCGGAGUGAUCGGCAUCACUCAGUAAAGCUUUUCCCUCCAAAAAACAUGGAGUCUUUCUUCCCAAAGCACUUCAAAGACCAACUAAACUACUAAGUGUGUUUGUGUAGCGUUGUGAAGCUGUGUUGUUGUUUUGUUGCCUCAGGUGUUGCUAAGCAACCAGUAUUUCCACUCUUCUUACUUUACAAGCUAUUCUUUCUUCUGCCGAGCUCCUUAACAAGUUGUAAACUGACAAAGUUGAAUAAAGUUCAUCUUCAUGAUG